GCCAGUCCGUGGGGUCUGGAUCGCAGCCGCCAUGCCUUGGCCCUUCUCGGAGUCCAUCAAGAAGAGGGCCUGCAGGUACCUGCUGCAGAGGUACCUGGGCCACUUCCUCCAGGAAAAGCUCAGCUUGGAGCAGCUCACCCUGGACCUCUACCAAGGCACCGGCUCCUUGGCACAGGUGCCCCUAGACAAGUGGAGUCUUAAUGAGAUUCUCGAAUCAGCAGAUGCUCCUCUGGAAGUCACUGAAGGAUUUAUUCAGUCAAUUUCUCUUUCUGUGCCCUGGGGUUCGUUACUUCAAGAUAACUGUGCACUUGAAGUGAAGGGCUUAGAGAUGGUCUUCAAGCCAAGACCCCGACUAACUUCUGGUUCAGAGCCCAUGUAUUGGUCAAGCUUCAUGACUAGUAGUAUGCAGCUUGCAAAAGAAUGUCUUAGCCAGAAACUGACAGAUGAACAAGGAGAAGGUUCCCAGCCUUUUGAAGGGCUUGAAAAGUUUGCUGAAACAAUUGAAACAGUUUUAAGGAGAGUGAAAGUCACCUUUUUAGACACUGUUCUGCGAAUUGAACAUGUGCCAGAUAACUCAAAAAGUGGGACAGCUCUUGAAAUCCGCAUUGAGAAAACGAUGUACUACGAUGAAACGGCCGAUGAAUGCUCUGGAAUUAAUGUGCAUCAGCCCACAGCUUUUGCUCACAAAUUGUUACACCUCACAGGUGUUUCUUUCUUCUGGGAUGAAUUUCUGGCAUCAGCAAAAUCUUCUCCAGUGUGUUCAGCUACACAAUUGGCAACAGAACCAAAGCUCUCACCUAGCUGGAACCCAAAAAUUGUGUAUGAGCCACACCCACAAUUAGCAAGAAACUUGCCAGAGGUUUCUCCAUCUGAUCCUGUGCAAAUAUGUAAGCUGAUUGGAAGGAUGGAACUGAGCCUUACAUUAAAGCAAAAUGAAGUGCUUCCAGGAGCAAAGUUGGAUGUAGAUGGAGAGAUAGAUUCGAUACACCUAUUCCUGUCACCCAGACAGGUACAUCUUCUGCUGGAUAUGUUAGCAGCUAUAGCUGGACCAGAGAAUCCUAGCAGAAUCGAAUUGUGCAAUAAAGAUAGGAGAAACCGGCCAAUGCAGCAGGAAGAUGAAUAUCGGAUUCAGAUGGAGCUCAACCGCUACUUAAGAAAAGACACAUUGCCUACAGGAGCACAGUCUGAUCCGAGUUUCUAUGAGACGGAGGCAGCCAGAACUCCUUCAAGCCGAGAAGAAGAAGUGUUUUUCUCGAUGGCUGACAUGGAGAUGUCUCACAGUCUUUCCUCUCUGCCACCUCUUGGAGACCCACCAACUAUGGAUUUAGACCUUUCUUUAACUAGUACAUACACCACUACUCCUGCAGGAUCUCCCCAUGGCGCUGCGGUGCAGCAGCCAGCCUGGGGAGAUUGUUUUGAUCAAAACAAACAGGAACCGCCACACGUAAGAGGUUCAUCCUUUACACCUAGUGUCAUCCACUCAGCUCCACCGCGGAGGACUUCUCUUCCAUCCAGAUCUGUCUCAGUGGAUGAAUCUAGACCUGAACUUCUUUUUCGACUAGCAGUGGGUGCUUUCUCAGUAUCGGUACUUCAUAUUGAUCCUUUGCCACCCCCUGAAACGUCACUGAACGCCAAUCCACUUACACCAAUGGCACAGGAUUUUUUUACCCGCAUAGAAAAGGUUGAUCCAGUUAAGUUUCCAACAGAAGAUUUUCUGUCCCUCCGAGAAGUAUUUGCAAAGGCUUGUUCACACGAUCACCUUAGGUUUAUAGGCACAGACAUCAAAGUGUCCCAUGAACAAAGACAGAGAUCGGCUUCCCGUUGUUUGAGUACAGAUUUAUAUAUUGGACAGAUGGAACUUCUGGAGUGCCUCUUUUCCAUGGACUCUCAUUCUGACAUACCUCACUAUACAGAGCUGCUAAUGUUUAACUCUGAAAGACAAGGAAACAAGUUGCACCCUCUCUCCUGCCUUCAGCUCCAUUACAAGCACUCGGAUAACAGAGGGCCUCAGGGUAGCCAAGGGAGAUUGAGCUCUGUCCCCCAGAAAGCAGAUUUACAAAUCAAGUUGAGUCCAGCUUUCUGUGAAUUAGAUAUCAGCAUUGUGGAUAGACUAAAUUCACUGCUUCAGCCGCAGAAGUUAACCACAGUGGAGAUGAUGGCAUCACAUAUGUACACCUCCUACAACAAACAUAUUAGCCUGCACAAGGCAUUUGCUGAAGUUUUUCUGGACGAUUCCCGUACUCCUGCAAAUUGCAAAGUGUCGGUACAAGUGACUGCACCAGCUUUGAAGCUCUCAGUUCGCUUCCCAAUUCCUGACCUGCGGUCAGACCCAGAACGUGGACCUUGGUUCAAGAAAUCACUUCAGAAAGAAAUUCUUCAUUUAGAAUUUGCAGAUAUGGAACUCAAAACCGAGUUUACAGGAGGACCAACUCCAGAGCAAGUUAAAUUAGAGCUCACUUUUAAAGAGCUAACUGCAUCAUUUGAAGAAGGCAAAGAGGAAUCAGCUGUACAAUUUUUUCAAGUUUCCAGUGGAGUAGUUGGAGAGAUGGUCUCAUCAGACAACUUUGACUGGCCACGGAUUGUACUUAAAAUAAACCCACUGGCUGUGCACUCCAUUCUGGAAAGGAUAGCUCCUGAGGAUGAAGAGGAGGUUGAUGGUCAUUUUCAAGAAGAGGAAGAAGGAGGAUCUCACUCCCUGAAGGAUGUGUGUGAUCUUAGAAGACCAAAGCCAUCUCCCUUUUCCUCUCGUCGAGUCAUGUUUGAGAAUGAAGAAAUGGUGAUGCCAGGAGACGCAUUGGAGAUGACUGAGUUUCAGGAUAAAGCAAUCAGCAAUUCUCAUUAUGUACUGGAGCUCAUGUUACCAAAUGUGUAUUUAACAUUCCCAAACAAGACCUUUUAUGAAAAGCUGUAUAAUCGGAUCAGUAAUGAUUUAUUACUGUGGGAACCCACAGCUCCAUCUCCUGUGGAAACAUUUGAAAAUAUUUCUUACGGUGUUGGACUUUCGGUGGCCAGCCAGCUGAUCAACACAUUCAGUAAAGACAGUCAAUUCAAAUCUACUAUUCACUAUGAUGAUGAUAGUGGGUCUGAGGAGGAAACACUCCAAUAUUUUUCCACCGUUGAUCCAAAUUACUGUUCCCGGAGAAAGAAAAAAACUGAACCCCAGAACAGGAACACACAGAGUUUUCUGUCAGUUCUUUUGAACGUUAAUCAUGGAUUAGUGUCAAUAUUCACUGAUGUCAAGCAGGACGAUGGGAGUGUAUGUGAAGACAAACAUGGAGAAUUUUGGUUUGAGUUCAGUAGUGGGUCGCUGUUCUGUGUGACAAAGUAUGAAGGCUUUGAAGACCAGCAUUACAUCUGUCUCCAUUCUAGUAGCCUCAGCUUAUAUCAUCAAGGUGUGGUGGAUGGAGUUGUCUGUCCAUCUGAAGUAAGGCUGCCAAGUGCAACGCCACCCCAUUUGUUAGAGCCUACUAUUUACUUUUCGGAAGAAGACGGUCUCAGUAGGGCUUCCUCAGAUGGUGUGGGAGUGGACUGCUUAAGCAUGUUGUCUGUUGCAGUUAAGAUACAAUCAAAUAAGUUGGAGACCAAUACAAAGGAGUUUUUAGUUGCUGUUGGACUAAGAGGAGCCACUCUUCAACACAGAGUACUUCCUUCAGGUUUAAGCUGGCAUGAACAGAUUUUGUAUUUUUUGAACAUUUCUGAUGAGCCUGUGUUGGGAUAUAAUCCUCCAGCUUCUGUUACAACUUUUCACGUCCAUCUCUGGAGUUGUGCCCUGGAUUACAGGCCUCUGUUUUUGCCAACUAGAUCACUUCUUACCGUUGAAACAUUUAGCAUUUCAAGUAGUGUGGCACUGGAUAAAUCAUCUUCUACUCUCAGAAUAAUCUUGGAUGAGGCUGCUUUGCAUCUGUCUGACAAGUGUAAUGUUACAGUGAACCUCCAAAGGGAUUAUGUUCGAGUUAUGGACAUGGGACUCUUAGAACUGACUAUAAGGGCAAUGAAACCUGGAUCUGAUGGAGAGAGAAGUAAGCCACGUUUUGAACUCCAUUGUUCCAGUGAUGUGAUCCACAUUAGAACGUGCUCAGAUUCCUGUGCUGCGUUAAUGAAUCUUAUCCAGUAUAUUGCAAGUUACGGUGAUCUGAAUCCACCUGCAAAGAUAGAGAAUACUUGUGGAGCAACCAAGCAAAAUGUUAAGGCAGAUUUCUCUAGCCGGCCAUCAUCCCAAGGUCCAAUCCUGGCAGAAGCUGACCAACAGAUUUUACGGGAUUUAAUGAGUGAUGCUAUGGAAGAGAUUGAAACCCAGCAACUUACUUCCCCCUCUAAGCCACAAGCUAAUGGUGUUUUGGAUGAAAAGACACAAACGCCAGCACCAACUUGCUCAGAUCUCUUCCUGUUUCCUGAUGAAAGUGGGAACCUCUCUCUUGAGCCAAGUCCUACCUAUGCUUCCUUCACUCCCCAUAUGAUUAAUGAAGCGAUAGGAGAUGUACCUUCCGAAAACGAUGACUUCUGUAUUCUUUUUGCACCGAAAGCUGUUGUCUCUGAUAAAGUAGAAGAGCCAGUAGUAAAAACUAUGGUUGAUGAUGCGAUCCUGAUAAAAGAGAACCAUUUCAGUCUGCCGGUGAAAAAGGCAGACACUAACAAAGGUCCAUUGAGAUUUCCUAUCCCAUUGGUGCGCUACGUUGUGAAAGAAAUCUCACUCAUUUGGCACCUUUAUGGGGGAAAGGACUUUGGAAAUGCACCCCCUACAUCUCCAGCUAAGAGUUACAUUAGUCCUCAGAGCUCUCCUUCUCACACACCAACAAGGCAUGGGCGCAACACAGUCUGUGGUGGAAGAGGAAGGAACCCAGAUUUCUUAAUGGAAAUACAGUUAAGUAAGGUCAAAUUCCAGCAUGAGGUAUAUCCAUCCGGCGAAGCAGAGUGUGAGGUCAACCUGCUGGAGCAACCUGUGUCUCGUCAAGUGUUUGUGGUUCAAGAUCUUGAGAUCAGAGAUCGCUUGGCUACAUCACAGAUGAAUAAAUUUCUCUACCUCUAUUGCAGUAAGGAGAUGCCUAGGAAGGCACAUUCUAAUAUGUUGACGGUCAAAGCUCUGCAUGUUCGUCCAGAGUCGGGCAGAUCGCCCCAGGAGUGUUGUUUGCGAGUGUCAUUAAUGCCACUUCGUCUCAACAUUGACCAGGAUGCCCUGUUUUUCUUGAAGGAUUUUUUCACUAGCCUGUCUACAGAAGUAGAAGUCCUAAUGACUCCAGAUCCCGAGGUUAAGAAGCCUCCUGGUGCAGAUGUAACAUGUACCUUGCCCAGGCACCACAGCAAUUUCAAAGAGCCAAGUCCAGUCAUUUCUUUCUCCUUAUACAAGCGAGCGAGCCAGAACGGAAGUGUCGAUUCUGUGGAUAUGCUCAAUGGGGAUGACCAUAAUUUUGCACACGAAGAGGCAUCAUUCAGUGACCAGCCAAUCUUUUUCAGAGAAUUUCGAUUUACAUCGGAAGUUCCAAUACGUCUUGAUUACCAUGGCAAGCAUGUUUCUAUGGAUCAGGGUACAUUAGCUGGGAUUCUGAUUGGGCUUGCUCAGUUAAACUGCUCAGAAUUGAAACUGAAGAGGCUUUGCUAUAGACAUGGGUUGCUAGGUGUGGAUAAGCUUUUCUCUUACGCCAUCUCAGAAUGGAUUAACGACAUCAAGAAAAACCAGCUACCAGGUAUUCUAGGAGGAGUCGGGCCAAUGCAUUCAUUAGUUCAAUUAGUGCAGGGUCUAAAAGACUUGGUGUGGUUACCAAUAGAACAAUACCGAAAAGAUGGCCGCAUUGUAAGAGGCUUUCAGAGAGGCGCAGCUUCUUUUGGUACAUCUACUGCUAUGGCAGCAUUGGAACUGACAAACAGAAUGGUUCAGACCAUACAGGCAGCUGCAGAAACAGCUUAUGACAUGGUUUCCCCCGGGCCUAGUUUAAUUGAGACAAAGAAGAUCAAACGACUUUCUCGCUACCGCCUGGCUCAUCAGCCUGUGGACCUUCGUGAAGGUGUGGCCAAAGCAUACAGUGUUGUAAAAGAGGGGAUUACAGAUACGGCGCAUACCAUCUAUGAAACUGCUGCUCGAGAACAUGAGAACAGAGGAGUCACUGGAGCAGUGGGAGGUGUCCUCCGCCAGAUCCCGCCAACUGUGGUGAAACCUCUCAUAAUGGCAACAGAGGCGACGUCAAAUGUGUUGGGCGGCAUGAGAAACCAAAUCAGGCCCGAUGUGCGUCAGGAAGAGUCCCAGAAGUGGCGCCUUGGAGAGGACUGAUAGCUUUAAGCAUGUUUGACGUACAGAGACUGGGAAACUGGAAGCAUAAAUCGUUUAUCCUCAUGGCAGCUUUAGAUGGGACGUAUCCUUUGAAUAUGCUUAUCUCAGGAACACAAGAGAUUGGAAAGCAAUUGGAUGGCAAAACCUGAAAGCAAGUUUGGUCAGUGCCAAAUGGAGCUUAGGCAUCAAGCUACUUUUUUAAAAAAUUACAGCCAAAUCCAGGAAAAUGCUGACUUUAGACUGGGCGCCAUGUCCUCCUUGGUAUCUUGAUAUUUGUUGUUGGCAGGGUAUUUUUGUUCUUCUUUCGAAGCAACCACACUUCCCAUACUUAUCAGUCUACAUGCAUAUAAAGGGGUUCCCCAACCAUGGUUGAAAUAUGUUUUAAAAAGCAAAGGGUUACAUUAGUGCCCUUCUGUAACAGGGUUGAUGUCUGGUGUGAGACAUGGACACUACAGGAUACUAAAAGGAAAAGGGGAUUUCAAUUAUUUUGCUAAUUGUGAGUGUCUCACAUGUGGCACUUAGCAACAAGGACAAUCUGUCUUGAUACCUGGUCAGAAAAUUGUUUUCAGAUGACUGUGGACAUCUGUUUCCCCUACAUAAUGACUGUUUCCCCUACAUAAUGAAUUCCUCCUUUUGUGGAGAUUUGAGCAAUCUGAAUGUUGCAGACAUGUUCUGUUGUGUUGCACUUUAAAGAAUUUUGCCUGUAUAUUGCCUUUUUAAAAUAGUUGUUAAUAAAUGUGCAUUUUGUCCUUA